AUGAAUAAAAUAACUCAUUUAACUUUCGCUUCGUUUGUGAUUUUGCUUCAGUCAUAUUCAGAAUGUGCACGAGUGGAAGUUUCAGGUGCAUGCCUUUACAAUGGAAGAGCAUAUGACAAUAACACUUACAUAGCAAAAACAGAUGAUAUUGGAGAAAAGUAUCAUAAAUGUCUUGAAUAUAGAUGUUUAAAUUCAAAGGUUGAAAACUUUGAGUAUGAUUGUAAAAUACCAGCCAAUGAAGGAUGUGUCUUAGUAGAAGGCGAUUAUUGCUGUACGAGGGAGUUUUGCGAUGAAAGAUUAAUCGAUGGAGGAUGUUAUCAAAAUGGUGAAUUUUAUCAUAACGGCGAAAUUAUAAAGAAAUCAGAUUUUGGGGGAAUGUGCGAAGUUUAUUCUUGUGAAAAUGGAAUUAUUGAAGAGCAUGUUUUAUGA